CAUCAAGUAUUCGACUAUCGCACUUACUCUCCGGAUUCCUUCCGAUCUAAAUUCACGGCUCCAAUGUACGCCACUCUGCAACAAUAUUUUUGUAACGAUACUAAGCAGUCUUCCUUACAGGCACAUAUUGGUCUACGGUUAUGCGCUCUUCGCGAGUUAUUUGAAGAAACCGGAUUGCUACUUAUCGAGGAUGGCUCAAGAGCAAACGAUGCAUCAGCUGCAGGCAUUGUCUUGAGUCCAUCUGAAACUACCAAGUGGCAUAGUCGGUUACGCCUCGAUCCUGCGGCUUUUCUGCUCCUCUAUGCAUCCAUCGGAUGUCGCCCACCACUGCUCUCGUUAAAAGAAUGGUCUAACUGGAUGCCACCGGAUGAGUAUUCUCCCCGAUUUGAUACAAUGUUCUUUUUCGUACAUCUACACUCGUUCGAAUCGUGUGCCACCCAUACGAAUCCGAUUUUGAAACUGACGGAUGAAGCUUAUGAGUUGUACGCGGACGAACCAUUGUCUUUUCUGCCCAUUUCUCUACACCGAUUUAUCCCUCCUCAGGCAUACGAACUUGGACGCUUGUCCCAGUUUCCACAUUUGAACCAACUGGCUACUUUUGCUGCACAACGUGCCACCCUAGGCUGUCGUUGCUGGAGACCCAUCACUGCUGAAAUUACUAUCGCGGGCACAAAAUGCAAGCUUUUCUUACUGCCUGGUGACCAACGGUACACAGAUGUAUGUGUUGCGCAUGGUCCACUGACAUUCUGCCUCAGUGAUUUGGCACUGGAUACUCAGCGUAACCGUUUCGUUAUUAAUCCGGAUUGCGACGACUUCUGGUUGGAUUCCACCACCAGUGAAUUGGGUCAUGUGCCUCCAAUAACCCGACAAGUGUACUUCAGCCUUUGUGAGGCCACAUGAAUUCACUUCUUACUUUACUAUUUACUGUCUAACUUAUCUGUAUCUAAUCUAGAAUAAAGGCUUUAUAUCUGUGA